UAGUUCCUUGCCGGUCGUGAAACGCGCUAAUUUUAUGUUGUUUUUUCUCGUAAUUUUAACAUUUAUGCCCAAAGCGUAUUGUUAGAAUGCUUGUUCAUGGAAUUGAAGUAUUUAAUAUGCACCCUACUCGUUUUAAUAUAAUUGCGUUUGUUCGGUAAACCGCACGCGCCCUGCCAAAGCACAUAAACGUUUACCGCUCACAGAAAAACACGUGAAACCAAAAACAACAAAACGGAAUACGGCCAUGCCUGAGAAUUUGGAUUUCGAGGAGUUCGAUUUUCUAUUAAGCACACCACAAGAACUGUCGCAAAAUGAAAUCAACAAUAGCUUUCCCACCAAUGGGAAGUCCACGAAAAAGCGCCUACGAGUCGCCGACCUGAUUGCUAGCAACGAUGAGCUGGUGCGCCAGGUGAAGGAGCUGCAGGAACAACAGAAGCAGCUCUGUGGCAUGCAGCGAACCGCGAGCGAGGUAACCGAGCUAUACCAGCGGGAGAAACAACAACGCAUCGAGCUCGAGCGCCGUGCACUUGAGCACAGCGAGCGCUGCGUCGAUCUGGAGAAGCAGUUGGAUGUUCAGAAGUUAAACUGUGAGCACUUGCAGGAAGAGCUAAAAAACAAGUGGCUGCCAGUUGAUGCCAAAGAAAUGAUCAUUAUUUUCAUGCAGCUGGCGCAGCGCAUUGUCGGCGAUCCUCAUGCCAGCGGUCUAACCCGCUCCGAACAUAAUAUGUUGCGCAAGCUGAAGGACUACUGCAAGUCAGCGAAUAUUUCUAUACCCGCGCCAAAGAGCCCCACAAAGAAGCGAUCAAAGGGGGUGGCAGCUGCAUCGCAAUCAACUCAAACACAGCCGCUGCCGAUUUUACUAACGCCUCCUGCACCCACCAAGCCAGAAAUGUGCUCGAUAGCCAUACAAAGUGAGAGUUUUGUGACCACUCGGGAUCAGGGCAUACAGCACAAAAACACAACAACAACGCGCGGAACUACGACGGCCUCGUUCAUCCAAAUGCAUGAUGUGGGCACGUGCUUUCCAGAGCCUAAGCCCGCCCUGAAUGCUCAUCAAAUAUUGGAUAAGGUUCUCUCGUGGACAAUAACACCGCUCAGUCCCAUCGGGGAUCAAACACCGCCAACCGAAACGUUGCCCACAAUCAGUGUGGGCACCUGCACUGAUCUGUGCAAUGUGCAGCGUGAGAUUGACUUUCUGCCACAGCUGCCAGCACAACUGAAGCGCUCCGAUUCCCGGCCACCGUCGCGGGCUAUGUACGACAGCGUCAAGGACGAGUUAGCGAUACCUGCGGAUGCAGCUGCUCUUGAUGGCAAUAGCCACCACAUGGCCAAGGAGCUGCUUAGCUUUCUGCCGCACAAUCAAAGCGUUCUCGCUAAAAUGCCGCCCCAAGUCUUUGAGGAGGUCUGGCAAGUGAUGGGCCAAAUGGUGCUCGUUGCCCUGCAGAGUCGCUCCGCGAGCUCCAUUAGCCAAGCCGAUUUUCGCAGCUGGUUUGAUACGCUAUACGAAACCCAUCAGGCACAGAACGUGGCAUGUAGCAGCAAAGGCAACCACAGGGAACCCUCCCAUUUUCUGACAGAGCCCGAGGAGCGAGCGCCGCUUGAUGUUUGCAUUGAUCCCAUAAUAGAGCCGCCACCGGAAAUUGGCGUAGACCUAACACCGAUACGUCUGCCGAUCAAACCUCAGUUCAGGGCAAGGCCGAAGCCCAAAACCAAGCCAAAGAGGCAAAACCGACGCGCUAGACCUUACUCACGACCAAAGCCGCAACCGCAACCGGAGGCAAUUGCAAAGCCCAGCACACCCACAGAAACUGCGGUAGAUUUCCUAAGCAAUUUAAAUGCUUUCCAUAACAUCAACUGUGAUAAUCUGCAAAUUCAAUUGAAUGCAGAGGAGCGUCAAUGGCUGCGAUUGCCAGCUGCAACAGCAAACAAUCAACAGCCGCCGGACACACCGGUUGUUUGUAAGCAGUUUGCCUCACAAAGUCCUGCAGCACAGUCACCCGAUAGACUGGACGUGCAACUGGCUGCAGAGGAGCGUCAAUCGGAAUCAGAAGGGGAUAAUCCACAGUCGCCAGUCACAAAUGUCCAUUGUGAGCAGGCUGCUGUCGGAGAUCAAUGCAGCAAAGCGCAAUUGUGGUCCUUAUUUGGCAGUGAUUCCGAUUCGGAAGAUGGAGAAGCACAGCAACAUAAAACUGAAGAAACGUGUCAGCAAGGGAAAGCAGCGAUCGAAGCAGCAAACGAUUUUGAUACGCACGGCAUAGACUCCACAAGUCUAGACGUCGAUGAUGGCCUUUUGCAAAAACACCAUCUUGUAGAUAUAGUACAACCAAAAGCUGCAGAGGAAUUGCCGACGGAGUUGGCCAAUCAAACAGCAAGCAACCCCAGCACAUGUGAGUCGCAGCCGGCAUCAAGCGAAGAAGAAAGCUCUCCUAUCAGCUCCGAGUCACAGCCAAAGACAACAAGCGAAGAGGCAUUGGAUUCAGAUGUGGACAGCGUGGAUAGACCUUCAGUCCUCAAUGAGUGUAAUGCUUGCAACGACUGCAAACACCACGAGGAAGAUAUAAAACUGGCAAUUGUUGAGCAGGCGCCUGUUGGCAAACGCGUGCGAAAAACAAGCGAACGUUGUGAAUCCGAGUCGCAGCCGGCAUCAAAUAAAAAAGCUAACGAUUCGAAUGUGGAUAGCAUGGACAGGAUAUUGGUUACCAAUGAUGGUAUUAACAGCGUCUCUGAUCAUCACCAGAAAAAUGUAAUAGUUCCAAAUGCCGUAGCGAGGCUCCCUGUACCGAGGCCAGCUGCUAUUAGCAGGCGAAAAGUCAACAAGCGCAACACAUCCGAGUCAAGUGAAACAAAUGAUUUCGAUGCGGCCUACACGGAGAGCAACUUAAUCAUCAAUGAUGUGGAACUUCGCAGCAACCUCGAUGACCACAAUAAAGUCAAGACGAUGCCUCCUAACGAAUCCAUGCAAAAAGGAAACUCGCGUGUCAGUUCCGAGUCUCAGUCAGCGCCAUGUGAAGAAAAUGCUGACAAUCAAAGCAACUCCGAUUACCACAAUGAUCAACUGAAACUGCCAAAUGUAGAGCAGUCGCAUAUGUGGAUGUCCGUUUGCAAACGAAGUAGAAAUUCAAGCAAGGGCUGGUUUGAUUGCACAUUCGAGUCUCAAGCGGUGUCAAGUGAAGAAGCAAACGAUUCGGAUACGGACAGCAUGGACAGGCCUUUAGUCAUCAAUGAUGGUUAUCUAUCCAGGGGAUCGGAUCCCCAUGAUGAAGAUAUUAAGUCUUGUAAUGAUAUAGGUAAGCUGACUGCGACAACGCCUUCUGGCAAACGCAAACGUGGAGUAAUUACGCGUAGCACAUGCGAGUCUCAAGCGGCGACAAGUGAAGAAGCAACCGACUCGGAUGCGGACAGCACGAACAUGCGUUUGGCCAAAUAUAGUGAUCUGCACAGCGAUUCAGAUCAACACGAUGAAGAAAUGAAACUUGAAAAUGCUCUUGAGCAGCUGCCCUUGAGAAUGCCCGCUGGCAAACGCAAGCGGAACUGGAGUACGCGCAGCACAUCCGAUUCGCAGCCCGUUGAGAAGCGUCUGACGCGACUCCAAGCCAAGCAGCUGUUGCUUGAAGCAGGUAACCAGGAAACGAUCAAAGUCACAAGUGAAACGCAGCCCAGCUGCAUAGAUGCUUGUUCGCCCAUGUCGCCGGUUGGCUGCGAGCAGGUUGACAGCGAGCCCAUCGAAAUUCCACUGGAGCCGCCCGGGGGUGAGCACAGCGCGAGCGUGCCAAAGGCAUUGUUAUGUUUCCUGGUGAACGCUGUCAAAGCCAAUGCCAAACAACGUGGACACCGCAAGCAGAAGCUAAACAAGAAACAAAUGGAGCAACUGCAGCCAAAAAUGGUUGAUUACUUGAAGCACUCGGUGCCGCUGGACUUGAGUUCUGUUCAACUGGAAACAGCCGAUGCCCAGGUGCUUGUAAACGUGCUGAUAUCGGCAUAUGGAGAACUGCAGCUGGAAGCUGCAGAUGGCAGCGCCCAGGAGCGUCUGCUGACUGUGAUUAGGCAGUUGGAGUGCCAGAGCUGCACGUUUAUCGAGCUUUUCAUGAACACGCUGGAGCAGCGUUUAUUUAGCCUGAAGGAGCGACUCACAGAGCCGGUGGCAAUCAAAUUUGUGAAACUCUCUUUGCAGUUGAUUGGACUGCAGGCAAGCCUAACGAGUCCCGUUGAGAGCUAUGUUAAUCCCGCACGCUUAUUACUGGCCAAAAUACUCUAUCAUUAUAGCAAGCAGAUGUCGCAACUGGUGCUAGCGGUGCUAUGCCAUUUUCCAACCGUUCUGCCGCAUCGAGAAGAACGAGAUUAUGAUCAUGCGGAUCCAUUGAUUACGGUCAUUAAGCAUCUGCUGAUGAGCCAUCAGUACAAUGUCAGCGAUCCGCAUGGAACCGAUCGUGCGCUAAUCUCCAAGCUACGCUUUGAAUAUCACUUUCAGCCCUUUGAACCCACCAAGCAGCAGGUGAUCGAGAAUCUGGUAGAGAAAAUAAAAGCUGGCCGCGCCCAUCAGCUUAGCUAUGCCUUUGCGCUGUUCUGCAGGCGAAGCGCUCAUCUGAAUGUGAGCAAUGUGCUGGCGGAACAUCUGCUGCCGCUGGCCAACAGCUAUUGUGAUCUAUGUGUCCAAAGCGAGGAGUACGAUGCGCGGCUUGAGUGCCUGCUGCAGUGCAUCUCAAUGAUUGUCAAACAGCUGCCGCUGGAUGGCAAAUCUGAUAUCUCUGGCUACAUAGCGCUCUUCAAGCGUAUACUCGUAGCGGCGCCACGACCCCUUGUCCAGCAAGCAGCCGUUCAAGCCAUAUUGCGCACACAGCGCUUCGGCUACGGAUUUGCUCUGGACGCCCUGCAGGGCUAUAGGCCGAGCUAUCAGCUAACAUCUCUGACACGUGCUAUGCUGCGCAGUUUUGUUGAACGCCGGCAUCAGUAUCUGCUGUAUCGCUAAGGAUGGUUUCCGAAU